AUGCAGCUCCUGGCGGUGACCGCGGAGAGGGCGCGGCUCAAGGAGGAGCGCGAGCUCCUGCGCCAAGAGGCCCAGAAAUUUCGUGAGCUCAGCCAUCAGCAGCAGAAAACCCUCCAGGAGAAGGAGCCCGGCGCGGGCCAGCGCCCUCACGAGAGCCGCACCGUGUCCUUGGACGACAUCCAGGGGCAGCUGGAAAACAUGCAGCUGACGGAUCUGUCCAGCUACAUCUUUCAAGAUGGCCCGGCGGGCACCAUCAAUUUUGUGGACAUGCCGAUCUACGAUAUGCCGGAGCAAGGCAUGGUCAAGCGCGUGAUCGACGUGGUCCCGGACGUCCCAGGGCCGAUUCCUAAAGACCAACUUAAGGAGAUGCUGCUUGCAGGCGGUCCGCUACACACGCUACCGGCACCCUUUGGCGUCGCCACAGAGACGCAGCUGCGCUUCUCAUUCGACCUCGUGGUGCUCCCCCAAAACAAUGACCGGUUCCUCGUGCGCAAGGUCAUGAACAUGAAGGACAAAGUGAAGGUCCCAACAGCCCGGCAGCUGUGCCAUGGCAGGCCACACAUGGUCUCAUGGCGAAAUCAGGUCCACACCAUGCGCAAGUUCCUCUACUAUGUCAUUGAGAACUUGGGCGGCUUCCAGUGUAAGCAGCACUCUCUGCGGUGCAAGGAGGACGGCAAAGUCGAAAAAGACAAAACCCAGGAGGAAUGGGACUUUGGCUUUGACUUCAUCGAGAAAAACGGCCCGCGCGACAAUGUCAAGAACAAGCAGCUUCGCUGGAUUACCAUCCAGACCUCUCGCCAGGAGUCCCCCAUCUACAAAUGGUCUGCAGUUCUAGUGGAAAAGAGCUUGAGGAACCUUGCCAAUGAUGGCGUGCUUGCGCAAGUCCAUGAGAGCUGGCCCUUGACUCUGUACGACAUCGAUAACAGGCUGCUGCGAGCUCUUGCGCCCAUGGUUCCCUCCUUGUCUGAGAAGGCUGUUGGGUUUCACGGUGAGCCUGGGGCGGGCAAGACACCGGUCGCCAGAACCUUGGCAAUGGCUAUCUCCGGGCAGUGCAUCAACAAGCUUGGCAAGGAUGGGCAGGAGGUGAACGAGAGCAACAUCAUGGCUGUGCUCAAGCGGACCCACCUCUUUGUGAACACCAAGAGCUUCUUGUACAUCCGCCCUGCAGGUGAAGACAAGCAGCCGGUCCUCAGGAAGCCCUUGAAUGACAAGACAGACUUCCUUGUGGAUGAGUCCCGUGUCAUCUAUGACCGCCAUCGCAAAGGCGCCACGGAUUUGCCUGCGGACUUCGAGACAAAGUUGCGGUGGGAGAAGAAGUGGAUGGAGGCCGCAAUGUCCAGGAAGACCGGAGACGCUUUGCCUACAAGAACCUUCGUCAAGAACACGCGUCUGUUCCCCGAACUGCACGAGAACGACGACAAGGAGGAAUCCAAGGUCGACGGCAUGUAUUCUUCCUCCAAGGUAAGUGUCAGCGUGGCCGAGAGUCUUGGAGAAGAAGCUGCGUCCAGCAUGCCCGUCAAGGUCAAGAAGGAGAUCAUUCCGUGGCCAAAGCUUGUAGCUGGCAAGAAGCCCAUUUGCAUCGAUAUCGAUGACACACCCCCAAGGAAGAUCCGCCGCGUGGAGAAGCCUGAGGAAGCUUCAGAAGAAGAGAAGAAGCCAUCAGAACAGGGCAUGCCAAGUGACAAGCCAGAGCUUGGAGACGCUUUGCAAGUUGAGGUGGAUCUCGGCAAGGAGGAGGUCGAGAAGCCCGAGAAAGCGAUCCAGUGGGAGCAAUGGGGAGGCAUUGUGGAGCGAGGCCGUCCCAGCACAAUGAUCCUCAAUCGCUUGAAGCCCGCGUUGACAAAAAAAAGAGCCCCAGGACCAGGCGCCAUCCGUCGUCGAGACUGGGAGCCCAUCGCCCGCAAGCACCUGUCAGGUCGACGGGUGAUCUUGCACACGGACGGAGCCCGGGCAUACAAAGUGCGGCUACCCGAUGUGAUCCAUGACAACGUGGUGCGCAAGAAGAAGCGGGUCGUUGUGAAUGGCAAGAAAGUCUGGAUUAAGCCGCACUACACGAAGGUCUUCAAGCACAAGCUUCCGAGUGGCAAGACAAUCUCCGUCAAAGGCGGCACGCAAAUCAUAGACAGGUUUUGGGGCCAAGUCCGGACAUCUUUGCGAGACAUCUCACGGAAACCAAGUAGCAAGCUGCUGGAGCGCAAGUUGAGGUCGGCUCAAUGGGCCUAUUGGCAUCAGAGGCAGAACUUGUGGAAAGCCACUGCUGCCAUGUUGCAGGACCUCUUCUGA